AUGGCUGAGGGAGAAAUCACCACCUUCACCGCCCUGACCGAAAAGUUCAACCUGCCCCCGGGGAACUACAAGAAGCCCAAACUCCUGUAUUGCAGCAACGGGGGCCACUUCCUCCGGAUCCUCCCGGACGGCACCGUGGACGGGACCAGGGACCGAAGCGACCAGCACAUUCAGCUGCAGCUGAGUGCGGAAAGCGUGGGAGAGGUGUACAUAAAGAGCACCCAGUCGGGGCAGUACCUGGCCAUGGACACCAACGGGCUGCUCUACGGCUCGCAGUUACUGGGGGAGGAGUGCCUGUUCCUGGAAAGGCUCGAAGAAAACCAUUACAACACGUAUGUCUCCAAAAAGCACGCGGACAAGAACUGGUUUGUGGGGCUGAAGAAGAACGGGAACAGCAAGCUGGGGCCGCGGACUCACUACGGCCAGAAAGCAAUCCUCUUCCUCCCACUGCCUGUCUCAGCUGACUAA